AAAUGGAUAAAUUUACCAUAGUUGAGUAUUAUGGCUAUAAUGAAAAUUUCCAUUGUGGUUAUUGCAAUGGUACCUCAGAAAAAUAUACACAUGGUAUGUGGGCACAUGCGAUGACUUGUCUCGACUAUCAAACGUUGAUAGACAGAGGUUGGAGAAGAAGUGGUGUUUAUUGUUAUAAACCAGAUCUAGAGAAAUCAUGUUGCCCACAAUAUACCAUCCGAUGUCGAGCUCUUGAUUAUAAACUGACAAAGUCAAAAAAAAAAGUUCUGAAUAAAAUGAAACAAUUUUUGGAAUCUGAAGGUGAUGAUGAGAUUGUAAAUUGGAAGGCAAAGAAUGCUGCCAGAAAUGCAGAACCUGAAAUGGAGGAAUCUGUUGACAAUAAACCAAGCGAAAUAAAGGCUUCGAAAGUUCCUAUGGUUUUGGUUGAUGAUUCACAAUUGAAGAAUCAUCAAGAAGCAUCUGAUGAAACGAAAAAAUCUAUCAAAGCUGGUCUUGGUGCAGAUCCAUCUAAACCUAUUUGUAGGAAAGCCAAAGUUUUGAGGCAACAGAAAAAACAAAAAAGGGAUUUAGCCACCGCUUCAGGCGAUGCAUCUUUCACAACCACUCCGUCUUCUCAACAAUCGAAGUCUAAAACACUUCAAGAAUAUGUUCCUCACUUACUUAACUCAACUGAUUUCAAGAGAAAACUUGAAGUCCGAAUGGUCCAUGCAAAAAUUGGCAACAGUGAAUUUGAAGCAACAAGAAAAGAAUCUUAUUCCCUAUAUAAAAAAUAUCAACAAAUUAUACAUGGCGACGAUCCAUCAGAUUGCUCAGAAAAACAGUGGAUUCGUUUUUUAGUAGAUUGUCCCCUUCAUCGGGACAAAGAAGGCCCAGGGCCAGGAUAUGGUAACUACCAUCAACAAUAUGUCUUAGAUGGUAAAAUUAUUGCUAUUGGUGUGGUUGAUGUACUACCUAAGUGUCUGUCAUCAGUAUAUUUAUACUAUGAUCCAGAUUAUGGUUUCCUCUCACUUGGUAUCUAUACAGCUCUUAGUGAAAUAGCCUAUACUCAAACACUGUAUGAAGAAUCAAAUGAUCUCGAUCAUUAUUAUAUGGGAUUUUAUAUUCAUUCAUGUCAGAAAAUGAAAUACAAAGGUGGAUAUCAGCCAUCUGAUUUAUUGUGUCCAGAGACGUAUAAAUGGGUACCAUCAGAAUUGUGCUUCCCACAACUUGAUAAAGAAAAAUACUGCAGACUUAACGAGUUAAACGGUGGCUCUGCUACCGAUGUCGAUCAGCAUAGUGGUAGAGAAGAUUUUGAUAUGAAUGAAAUUGGUAUUCUACACAGAAGAAGUUUAAUGAGGUAUGGUUUAUAUACAAGUCUUAAAUAUAAUGCUCUUGUUGAAGCUGAACAAAACCACUGUGAUGAUAUGAAUGAAGACCUUUUAGAAUCUCAAAAACAAGCAAAGAAUAACGAAUUGGAAAACCUAAAAGGAUAUGUUUCGGCUGUUGGCGCCGUUUGUGCAAAAAGAAUGUUCGUUUAUAGAUCUUGAUUUCAUUGUUAUAUUUUUAUACCACUGUAGUUAUUUAGUGAAUAUUAACAAAUACUAACAGUCAAACAAUGGUGAAUAUGUUCAAUAGUCUAAAUGUAGCAAAAAUUUUACUGUAUCAUUUGAUCAUUUCUAAUGUAUUCAUAAUCUGAUUUGGGUAAAUAAUUCUGGCUCCGAUAUUGCAAAAUUGAAUACCAUAUCUAAAUGAAAGAUUUUGUUAAUAGACAGAUUUCAUUUGAGACUAUCUAUAUCUGGAUUGGAAAUAAUAUCUGCCAUAUUUCCCAGCUUGUUGGCAAAAUACAUGCAACCCGAACCCCUGAACCCACAAGAGUGCAGUGCGCAAGAUUUAUAUGCUGCAAUGAGUAAUGGUUCUCUUCCGACUGACACAACAUGUCAUCAACCCUGUCGAGUCAGUAGCGGGAUGUGUGUAAUAUCCAGAGUUCGAGUAGUUACUCAAAGAGUUUUUUUUUUUUUAAAGAGAAAUUUUUCAAGAAAUAAAAAUUGAACGCUGGGGUCAACUCAACUGAAUCCUAGCUCAAGUCAAAAUAUCAUGAAAAUGGUAAAUGUAGCACUAUUUGUGAAAGUAGUAUUGUCGAUAAAACAUCAAUAAAUUUCCUGAAUAACAGGAAAGGAUUUUGUUGAUUUUUUUUUCAUUAUAUUAUUAUACUUCCAUCCUUCCAAUGUCGUUUUUUUACGCUUAGUUCCAAUUCAUUCUUCAAUUUUGCAGAAGACUAUUCAUAUUAUUGUGUAAAAAUUUCAAAGCUUUUUUAUUAAAAUUCUGCAAUCAUGUUUUUUAGCCAUAUCACUUUGUCAGUUUGCGCAAUUUAUAGCAAAUCCAAAUACCAUACUUUAAAAUUUAUUUGACAACUUUUGGAUAUCAAGUCAGGUACCAGUUGGAUGGAUUAAAAUAAGAUAUUUGUCCUCGAUUUUGUUCUAUUUUCAAUAUUAUUUAUGGUUAGGGUAAUAGGGUAUUUACAAGGAGUUAUUUGCAUUGGAAGACAGGAGUUUUCAAUUUUCUCAAUACUCAAUUUCUUAGAUUUAGAAGCUCAAGAUUGUAGGCUAUCCUGCUUUACCCCUAAUAUUUCUGGCUCGAAACAAAUAUGACAAUUAUUGAGUUACUGAGUACAAAAUUAUUUUUCCAGCUAUGUCUGUUGUGCAUAAUGGUUGUUUUUCUCGAGAAGGUUCCAAAAUUUUGUAUUUGUGUGUGCACAUUUAAAGCAUAUGCCUAUAUUUUUGAAUCAGACUUUUGAGUCAUGAUUGACUUACUCAGGAGGGAAAGAAAUCGAUGGUGGUAUAAAAUUGGCACAACUCCAUGUUGAUGAAGUAUUAAAACUUUCAAAAUGUAUUUUUUAGUGGAUUUGAUGACUAAUAUACUCGCACCUAAUAAUUGCUUGUUCAUUGGCAACAUUAUUGGUAGUGCCAAUCACUGACUGCAGUUGAUCCUUUUUGAACUUUUUCUUAUUCUACUAUAAGACUGAGUAAUAACAAAAAACACAAUCCUAAUACAUGCUUUGAAUCAGAUAAAUAACGCCCUAUAUGGAAAACACCUAUUUGCAAAUAUUCAACCGAUAUUUGGAUUUAUAGAUUUGGAAUAUUCUAAAUAAAUUAAAUGGGGCAAAAUUGUGAUUUCAAUACACAAACGGCGAAUUUUACAUAGAAUAAUGUAAUUUCAUCUUUUUCGAAUUGUAUUUAUUUUCAAAUUUUGUUUACGGUAUAUUGAAUUUUUGAGAAUCCGUAAUCUAGGCUAUCCAUUUUACUAGUAAAAUAUGACUUGGAUCAAUUUUACCGCAAAAUUAGCAAAUUUCUGAAAAUGAAAUGUCGUAGUCUCAUAAAGCUUUUCCGGUCUUAUUUACCAUAUUAAUUUCUUUGCACAAAUCUAUCUGAAAACACGCUCUAGUAGUAAUUUAUCCUAGUAUUCAACUACAUAUUGGUUUUGGAUUGAUUGAUUGAUUUAUAUCGUUCACAUGCGUAAUAAUCAGUUUAUCGAGGGGGAAUAAAAAUCGGGCUUCUAAUCAAUCUUUGUGUUACCAAUAUCACUAAAUACUUUGUUAGUCCAGCAUUCAAAAUUAUCGUAACAAGUUUCAAUUUUGAUUAACCUGAUUCUAUACAUUGUGCAUAAGAACCUUCGUAUAUACUGAAUUACGGUAUACAUUGUAAGUCACUUUAUCAUGGGAGAUUUUUUUAUUCUAUAUCGUAGCAAAGGGGUUAUGAGGGCCAAUUUUUGCUCUGUCUAUAUGUGAAUUGCGUUUUUCUUUUGCACAAUGAUCCCAUUUUGUCUGUAUUCUUGUGUUCUAAAUUAUUUUUUCGAAUUUCGUUUUUUUUUGGCUUAGUUAAAAGUUAGUAUUAUUAUUAUACUCCAUUGUAUUUAACAAAUGAUGUAAUUUGUAUCUGUUAUUGAUUUUUUAUACCAUAAUUAACAAUAUUCCAAUGUAUGUUAACUAACUUUGAUUACAAUUUAG